CUACAUUUUCCGUGACCACCUAUAUAUGCUAGUAUUUGUUUUAAUAACGUAGUCAUUUUAUUUGUUUCCUUUCUAAGUGUCAAAUAGAGUCAAAAACAAUUUUGGCGUUAUGACUACUUUAUUCAAAAUAAUGUAGCGUAUUUACUGAAAAUUAUUUCAUCAAUAUGCUUUUAUGUACAGUGUACCUUUUUCUUUUGCCCAAGUACUUAUGUAAAAUCUAGUUCAUUUUUCACUUUCAGAUAUUUGACAUAUUUUGUGAAGAAAAAUUAUAGGAAAACUAUCAAAGACCUAGAGAUACCACAGUCUAACAUAUGUUAGACUCUGGAGAUACCUUUACAAUAUGCCUCGGAACUAAUGCAAAUAAUAAUGAGUAAAAAGACGCGAAAACACAUGAAUCACAGCUGUAACUGAAGCAUGUGCACGGAGAAUAGGUUAACUCUAUUUCGAAUAAUACAACUUUGUGAUUGACAGAUAGCGGUAAUGCUGAUGUGCAGCAUCCCACAAUUCUCAGGACUCCGGAGACUGCAUUUGUAGCGAUGUAGAUGGUAUCGUACGACAAAAGCGCAGCCUGACUUGUAAGGGUAUCAACUUAAACGUAUGAAAAAACCUGUAGUGCAGUGUGCAUAAUCAUUUGUCUGUGAGCUGACAGACAGAAAAGAGUUUGAUUGUAUACUCUUCCUGUGCGGCCGGGAGUUGUACAGUGAUAACACGUAAUCGGUGUGACGGGGUAGAUAACAUGCUUUUAAUGAACAUGCGGCGCGUUAACGUCGCAGGACGCACUAAUCUGUUAAGGAAGCUCGUUCAACUGAGAACCAUGAUGGACAGCGCGAAAGCAAGCGACGAUCCGCAUCUCUUGCAUCUUUUCGAUGGAGGGCCUACUAACGUUUAUUCUAAGGAUCACGAUAAUUUGUCCGUUGGUGCUCCAGGCCCAGAUCUCCUGAGGCUUUGUGUGAAAAUCAUGCAGAACGCGACACUACACAGAAUGGAAAGUGAGAAAGAAAAUCCGUAUCUUUUCCAAUAUGGUAUUCCUUGUGGACUCUGGGAAUUUAGAGAAGAUCUUUCUCAUUUUCUAUCAGAACUUUAUGGUGGAAAUGUGAACAGGAAAGAUCUUGUGCUAACAUGUGGGGCAACACAUGGUCUUCAGCUGAUUCUGGGGACGUUCCUGUCUCCAAAUGCCGUUAUAUUUGUUGAGGAGGCUACAUACAUGAUUGCAUUGUCAGCUUUCAAACAGUAUCCUUUGAUGAAAAUAGUCCCAGUUCCUUUGAACAACGAUGGUGUUGAUACAGAGGCAUUUAAGAAAAUUGCUCUUGAAGAAAAAAGUAAAGGGAAAUGGAUGACAGAUGAGCAAAGACCAUUCUGGGCUGUGUUGUACACUAUCCCUCUAUUUCACAAUCCUACUGGCAUAACUAUGUCGGAAGGCUGCAGUCAAUCCUUAAUACAUAUGGCACGAGAACUGGACAUACUUAUUGCCUGUGAUGAUGUAUAUAACUUACUAUAUUAUGGCAGUAAAGAGUAUCCUCCUAAAAGAUUGUUUGCUUAUGAUACUGAAAUGGAUGGUUAUGAGGGAGGCCAUGUUAUAUCAAACUGCAGUGUUUCUAAGAUUAUGGCUCCAGCACUGAGAGUUGGCUGGCUUGAAGCUCCACCUAGACUGACAAACAUCUUACGAGAAUCUGGUGUGUUAGUCAGUGGUGGAGGAGUCAAUCAGUAUAUGGCGGGAUUAAUCACAAGUGCUAUUAAACUUGGUACUCUAAAGAGUCAUCUUAAUGUACUGAAAAAGACAUUUCAAGAUCGCAUGUUUUCAUUGUGCGAGGUGUUGUCCAAAAAUCUUCCAGAUGGUUGCAGUGCAAGGAGACCAGAUGGAGGCUAUUUUGUGUGGAUUAUUUUGCCAGAAACUGUAGACGCAAAUGAUUUUCUUCCAUGGUGUAAAGAAUAUUACAAAGUUUCUGCUUUACCUGGGAACAUAUUUUCACCUGUAGGAAAAUUCAGAAACUGUAUAAGGCUUGCAAUUUCUUUUCAUGACAAAGAAAGAUUAAGUGCAGCUGGAUACAGACUUUGUCAAGCUCUUACAGAAUACUUUAAAAUCAAUUCUAUAGUUGUUUAGCAUAUUACAAAAAACAUUAUGUUGACUAACAAUUUUGUCAAGCACUUAGUAAAAUCUGGUAAGACUUAUUGGGAAUGUUGUGAGUGGAAAUUUUAAGUGUGUUUACAUAUAAAAUAUACAACAGCAUGGACAGUGCAAUGUAAAGGGUAUCAUAUAUAGAAUAAAGAAAGCUACUAA